AUGAUGCAGCAUUUAGACAUGGCUCUACUGUCGGCACUUGUGGAGAGGUGGCAGCCGGACACAAACACCUUCCACAUGCCGUUUGGAGAGAUUUCGAUCCUUCUACACGAUGUGCAUCACAUUCUUCGGAUACCGGUUGACGGACAGCUGAUGGGAGAUGAGGAUCCUGAUUUGAAGGUGUUGAGCCUCAAUGUAAUCAUCGUUCUUCUUGUAUACCUACAAACAAUGAAGAACAAUUAG